CUCGGCUUCAGGAGUAACCUCGUGGUUGGAGACAUUGACAUUAGUGACGAAGUUCUAAUAGAUGGGAAAACUCGAAAACACGUGUCUUGAUAUUUAACAUCGCAGAUUUCUCGUUACAAUUUCUUCUGUUAAAGGUUAAAAAGAAUCUUAUUAUUGAACCAAGAAGUAUGAAAACCACUCUAGUCUUGAUCAUGAUUAUUUUUAUAUCCACUUUGGCCGGAGCUUGGGACUGGCACUUCCGGGAGCUGCGCCGCCUCCACGACGGCGAGGACACUUGUCUCAACCUCACCGAGUGCCACACGAUCGAGAAGCGGCGCUACGCCAAGGCCCAAUGCUAUUCGUACUUCGUCCACUUCACCUAUGUCCCCCCGGCGAUGCAUGAUCGCUGCCCGUUCGCGCGCAACGCUCGCUGCCGCCUGCACGAGGGCGCGUGGCGCUGCACCGUCGACCUCUCAGACAACACCAACUCCACGGAGGUCCCUGAGGAAAUCGCCCCGCUUAGCUUCUGUAUAGAGCAUUAUCGAGAUUGGGAUCAACUCGUCGAGCGAGGUGCUUAGGAGAAUGUAGAGGGUGAAAUUUCAUGCCAGUCGGAAAUUCAGCGCCAUUCUUCCAAAAAGAAUUAUGAAGACACAAAUUUUCUCAGAAGGCAAUAUAUCGAUAGACUUUCAGGUGCAACAACAGCUCCUUUCGGUUAAAUUCGCUUUUAUGAAUGUAUCUUGUCAGCAUAAAUGAGCUAAAGGAAUAAGGGAAAUCGAUUCAAACGAAUCAUGGAAAAAAGCGAUAUUUUGAAAGAGGACAUGCGCACAUUGAAAGAAGUUGAUUUGGAGGAAUAGUAAUAGCAACAACAGAGAUCAUAUUCAAUAAAAGUAGUAUGAACCCAACGGACAAGGAAAUAUAACAAUAAUUCAAUGUGUAUAGACUAUGAUAGAUAUUAGAUUAGAAAUAAGAUGUAUUGUAAUUAUUGUAAAGUAAUUUAAAAAAAGAACGAAAAUGCUUAUUUGUACGUUUAAAUCAUUGCAAAUCACUCGAUUGUGAUGAAUACAGGAACCGCGACGUAAUUUGCGUGAUUUGAUUAGGCGCUCGAAUUUCUCUGCGGUCAAAAGAGUAAAA